UUCCCACUGCACCCUCUCCAAGAAAAAGCAGAGAAUCUCUCUCUCUCUCUAUAUAUAUAUAUAUAUAUCCAUAUUCUCAUUUUCAUAGGCUUUCUCAUUCACAUUCCAAAGGCCCUGCUUUUCUUAAGCGCAGCCUCACUGAGCUUCACCGAGAACUCCAGUUCCAACUUCCAACACAGACAGAGGCAGAGGGAAUGGGUGGUUUCUAUCAGCUGCUGCUGUUCCUACUCAUCCUCGGUGCUCUCGUGCCCACGUCAGUGCCGCUGGGCUUCACCUGCACCUCCAAGGGGGCCAAGUGCCAGGCCCUGGUCGGGUACGCCCCCGCCAACGCCACCACCUUCUCCGUCCUCCAGAAGCGCUUCGCCAUCAAGCACCUCCGCUCCCUCCUCGGCGCCAACGGCCUCCCCCCGUCCAGCCCUGCCAACACCACCGUAGCCGCCGGCCAGACCGUAAGGAUCCCCUUCAACUGCUCCUGCGGCUCCAAUGGCACGGGCGUCUCGUACAAGCUGCCCCAGUACAAAGUCCGCAGCGGCAACUCUCUGUCCCAAAUCGCCACGGCCGUCUUCUCCAACCUCGUUACAUCCACGGACAUACAACUAGCAAACAACAUAAGCAACCCGGACCUAAUCAAGGCGGGGCAGAGGCUGUGGAUCCCGCUUCCCUGUAGCUGUGAUGACGUAGCUGGCAGUCGGGUGGUUCACUAUGGUCACGUGGUGGCUUCAGGGAGCUCGAUCUCCACCAUCUCUGAGCAGUUCAACGUAUCGCAGGACACGGUCAUGGCGAUCAAUGGGAUUGCCAAUGCCAAGGACCUGAAGGCGGGCCAAGUUCUCGAUAUUCCACUGAAAGCUUGUUCAUCCACAAUAAGGAACGACUCUCUCGAUUCUUCCCUGCUUGUCCCCAACGGCAGUUACACCUUCACUGCCAACAACUGUGUCAAGUGCAGCUGCAAUUCGGUCAAUAACUGGAUGUUACAAUGUCAGCCCUCUGGCAUCAGACCAUUGAGCUGGUCGGUCUGCCCCUCAAUGCAAUGCGGGGGCACGCAGUUGUACAUUGGAAACACGACAUCAACUGGUUGUAAUACAAUCUGCACUUAUGCUGGGUACACGAACCAAACAAUACUGACCACUACUUCCACAGAUUCCACCUGUGCAGCUCUCAGUGACGACGCUGCAAAGAUUGGAUUGCAAGUAUUCAGUUGGAACUCCGUGCUGGUCUCGAUUUUGAUCCUGCAAAUUCUCUUCCACUUUCACUGAAGAUGUUUUUGCUUUCUUUUUGGAAGUCUCCCCUUGUAGCUGUAUGUUCAUUUACUCGGACACGCUCACAUGUUUUAUCUGAUUCAUUUGAAUGCUUGAGUAGAAACAAUAACUAUAAGAUAUGAUUAGCGACAUUGAGUUGGAUCAACAUGCUGAGAGACAUCAGAUUGCAUUGCACGCACAUGAACCGAUCAUGGUUAUGAUU